AUGUUCUCCAGAACGGCCCAACCCGCUCGGACUGUGCUCCGCAACGCUUCCGCAGCUUCUUCGCUCGGUCGCUCCGUUCCUGCGAGAUCCUUCGCCAGUGUCCAGUCCGACACCUUCAAGCCGACCAAGUAUGGUGGCAAGUACACCGUCACCCUGAUUCCCGGUGACGGAAUUGGUGCCGAGGUCGCUGAAUCGGUCAAGACCAUCUUCAAGGCCGACAAUGUUCCCAUUGAGUGGGAGCAGGUCGACGUUAGCGGUGUUGACACCGGUAACAAGCACUCCGAAGAGCUUUUCCGCGAGUCCCUCGCUUCUCUGAAGCGCAACAAGCUCGGUCUGAAGGGUAUCCUUCACACCCCUGUCGAGCGGUCGGGCCACCAGUCCUUCAACGUCGCUCUCCGUCAGGAAUUGGACAUCUACGCCUCUAUCUCCCUGAUCAAGAACAUCCCCGGUUACGACACCCGCCACAAAGAUGUGGACCUGUGCAUCAUCCGUGAGAACACCGAGGGUGAGUACUCCGGCCUUGAGCACCAGUCCGUUCCCGGUGUCGUCGAGUCCCUCAAGAUCAUCACCCGCGCCAAGUCCGAGCGUAUCGCCAAGCCAACAUCAUGA